AUGAGCUCCGUGGGCGUCCCCUUGGCCUCCACGCAGGGUUGUCUCACACAUAAUACAACCCCGUGGUGUGAGGGCAGCGACGCCGUGCGGGUGGGCGAGGCGCUGGCCGCGCUGAGCCGCCACGCGCAGCCCCUGGAGGAGGUGCAUCUGCUGGCCAACCGCAUCCCCCUGCUGCCCCCCAGGCUGUUCGGCUCCCUGCUGAUCCACACGGUGACGCUGACGCACAACAGCAUGGCGGGCGUGUCGCGCAACGCCUUCGCGGGGCUGGAGUCGUCGCUGCGUCAGCUGCACAUCGAAGACGCGACGCUGCGCGAGCUGCCCUUCGACGCCCUGGACCGGCUGUCCAGCUUGCGGAGCCUGGUGCUGCGCGGCACGCAGGUGGCGGAGCUGCCGCGCAUGCACGCGCUGUCCCGCCUGGAGGAGCUGCGCGUGGAGGGCUCGCGCGUGGCGGCCAUCCCCUCCGCCGCCUUCCGCUUCCUGCCCAACAUGAAGGCCGUGGCCAUCACGCGCUCCCGCCUCACGCGCCUGCAUGCGCACGCCCUGGAGGGCCUCGUCUACCUCAAGGACGUCAACCUGUCCCACAACGCCCUCACGCACCUGCACCCGCGCGCCUUCACCACGCUGGCCUCCGUGCGGAACCUCGACCUGUCCGACAACCGGCUGGCAGAGGCGGCGGCGGCGGUGACGGCGGCGCGGGAGCUGCGCGCGCUGCGGUGGCUGGACCUGAGCCGCAACGGGCUGACGCGCGUGGCGCGCGGCGCCUUCGCGGAGCUGCUGGCGCUGGAGACACUGCUGCUGGGCGGCAACCAGCUGGUGCGCCUCGAGGACGGCGCCUUCCUGCGGCUGCCCGCGCUGCGCCGCCUUGACCUGUCCGGCAACGGGCUGACGGAGCUGCACGCCGCGGCCUUCCCGCCCGCCCUGCCGCUGCGCCACCUGGACCUGGCGCGCAACAACCUCACCGCGCUGCCGCCGCUGCACCGCCUGGCCGCGCCGCUGCCGCGCCUGGCCAGCCUGGACCUGGGCCACAACCUGCUGCGCCAGGCGCCGCCCGGCCUCUUCACGGGCCACGCCACCCUGCAGGCACUGCGCCUGGACCACAACAGCCUGCACAGCCUGCCGGCGGGCACCUUCCAAGACCUGCCGAGCCUGCGGGAGCUACACCUCAGUCACAACGGGUUGCAGGCCACCGGGGGGGCGGAGGGCCCCGCCUGGGACCUGCCCGGCCUGCAGACGCUGGAUCUGAGCCACAAUGACCUGGCACGCCUGGAGUCGCCGCUGCUGGCCGGCCUGCCGCGCCUCGAGACCCUCGACCUGAGCUUCAACCUGCUGGCCGGCGUGGAGGCGGCGGCGCUGGCGGCCUGCCCCGAGCUGCGCCACCUCAACCUGUCCUACAACAGCCUGCCGGCGCUGCCCGAAGGCCUGCUGGGCGGCCUGCCGCGCCUGGAGGAGCUGUCACUGGGCUUCAACCAGCUGACCACGCUGGGGGGCGGGCCGCUGCGGGGCGCGGCGGGCCUGCGCGGCCUGCACCUGCACCACAACCAGCUGAUGAGUCUCGAGAAGGACACCUUCGCCAACGCCUCGGCGCUGCGCGUGCUCGACCUGUCCGCCAACCUGCUGCGGGAGGUGCCGCGCGGCCUGCUGGAGCCCCUGGCCGGCCUGCACACCCUCAGCCUGCGCCGCAACGCCCUGGGCAGCCUCAAGAAGCACUCCCUGCGUGGUCUGCACAGCCUGCAGCGGCUGGACCUGUCCCACAACCACCUGCAGGGGCUGGCGGCGGGCGGCCUGCAGGAGCUGGCGGCGCUGCGGGACCUGGACCUGAGCGUCAACUACCUGCAGGGCCUGGCGCCGCGCGUGCUGGCUGGCGCGGCGGGCCUGGAGCGGCUCAACGCCAGCCACAACUACCUCACGGAGCUCGGCGCGCGCCACGGCGGCCUGCGCGCUGCGGUGGCCGGCCUGCGCGUGCUGGACCUGACCAACAACUCCCUGACGGAGGUGGGCGGCGCGCUGCGCGACCUGCCGGCGCUGCAGGGCCUGUUCCUGGCCGACAACUACCUCACCAGCCUGCACAACGACACGCUGGCCGGCCUGCCGCGCCUGGCCGUCCUGCGCCUUGACAACAACGCACUGCAGACCUUCGGCGCGGCGACCUUCCGCGACCUGCCGGACCUGCUGACGCUGGACCUGAGCGGCAACAGCCUGCUGGAGCUGGGUCCGGACGCUUUCCGCUCGCUGCGCGCCCUGGAGGACCUGCGCCUCGCACACAACCAGAUCGCCAUUAUCAAGGACUUUGCCUUCUCCAACCUGCCCGGCCUGCUGACGCUGGAGCUGCAGGACAACCUCAUCGCCGAGGUUGGCGCGCACGCCUUCCACAGCCUGCCCGCGCUGCGCUUCCUCAACCUGAGCACCAACGCGCUGGCCGCCGCGCCCGAGGACGCCCUGGCGCGCCUCGGCUCCCUGCACGCCCUCGACCUCAGCGCCAACUACCUCACCGCCCUCACCGACCUGAGCCUGCACCGCCUGCACUGGCUCUCCGUGCUCAUGCUGCACGACAACGCCCUGUGCCACCUGUCCUCCGGGGCCUUCAGGAGGCAGCGCUCCCUCCGCGUGCUCACCCUGCACAACAACCACCUGCGGCGUCUGCACCUCAACGCCCUCGCCCCCGCCCUCUCCUCGAUCUCGCUGCUGGACAUGAGCGGCAACCCCUUCCAGUGUGACUGUGGACUCGUGUGGCUGAAGGAGUAUUUGGAGGAGGCGCCGCAGGAGGGGGAGGAGGGGGGGAGGGGAGCACGCGCCCCCCUCCUCGGCGACGCUCUGAGGGGGGUGCCUGUCUGCGCCGGCCCCCCGCGCUCCCAAGGACGCCCCCUCACACAGGGGGGCGGUGGAGGGGGGGCAGGAGGGGAGGGGGCAUUCCUCGACUACAGCGACCCCAUCCACCUAGACGCCCCCCCGCCCCCCCGCACCCCCGGCACCACCACCACCGCGCCCCCCGCUAGCUCCAUCACCCCCCCGCCGCCCCCCCCUGCUGCCGCUGUGGGGGGUUCCUCAGGGGGGGUAGUGGCCCUCGCCCCCCCGAAAAAGCAGGCCGCCGCUACGCACACCACCUCAGGGGACACGCCGACCAUCUACGCCGGGGGGGCCACCACGGGGAACGCGGCCCCCUCUGAACCUGAGACCACGGGGGGCGGGGGGCUGCUAGGGGGGCUGUCUCUCCCCUCCCUCGCCUCGCUCCCCAGUAUCCUCGAGGGGGUGGUGGGCCUCGCUAACCUGGGGCUCAACGUCAACCUCGGGGGGGGAUUUCCCGGCCUGGGGGGCUUCGUGGGGCGUCAGGAUACCGGGGGGGUCACAGAGGAAGUCGUGGGAAGCGGGGGGCACGGGGGACUAUCUCUAGGGUCACCUGGGGGAGCGAUGAAAAAAGUCGGUAUCCCAGGGGAGGUCAAACCCAUGAGAGGGCCGGAUGGGGGGUCGCCAGUGUGGGUGGAAGGGGACGUCGCCCCCCACCCACUGUUCCCCCAGCCUACACCCCAGAGUGAGGACCCCACCCCGUCCCCCCACCCCCCCGGGAACCCAGCUCGAGGCCCAGGUGUCGCCCCCGGGGGUAUGAACAGCAAGGAUAGCUUUGUGUUCCCCCAGGACGCCCCCCAGCUGGCCCCCCACCCCGGCCUUGUGGUGUCCGUGGGGCGGCCUAACGUCUGGGGUCCGCGCCCCCCCAAGGCCUCCCCCCGCCCCGUGCUGCCCCCCAUCAUGCACCCGGGGCCUGGACCAAGCUCCGGCACCCCCUUCCUCCCCGGGCGGCCUGAUCUACCCCAGGGGAACGUCGCCCCCCAGGAUAUAAUGAUUCUAGGAGACCCCCAGGUGCCCCCCCAUGCGAUACAGACCCACCUGGAUACCCAUGAUCACCCCCUCCAUCACCCCCCGGGAGCCCACCACGCCCCCCAGGAGCCCCCCAGGGACGUCCCCCCAGUUCACGCCUUCCACCCGGUUCUGGUCACCCCCUUAGCUGAGGAUGUUAGGGGAGGGGGGGCCGGGGGGAAUGGCGCGGUUCACCCGGGGUCUGGGGUGUCGCUGUAUCAACCCGGGGAGGUGUUCUUCCCCUUCCAGCCCCCAGACCCCCACCACCCCAUCACGGUGGUUGACGCCCCCAGGUUCACGCCCACCCAGCACCCCAGUGGGACGAGUCUAACCCCCCCAGUGCACUCCAGCUCAUCACUCCAGUCCCAAACAGACCUCCAGAAGCCCCCAGUGGUACCUCUUUAACUCCCCACUCACUGCCACCCCCCAGUUUGCUCCCCCAGGCGACCUCACCCCCCCAGCCGCCCCCCCAGUUUGACUUGGCCCCCUCCGCUACGCAGCUGGUUGAGGAGGGGAGUUUUGCCCCCCCUCCCCUCCUCCCCCCUUCCCAGCCUCCCCAGUUCACCCCCCAGGCCGCCCCCCA